AUGUCUAAAAUGGAUAACCCAAUAAUUAUGAACAAGUAUUCUAUUGAAAGGGUACGUUCAUUUGAUUUUUAAUUUACAUUCGUAUAAAAUUUCAAUAAUGUUUUUAUUAUUUUUCAGACUUUAGGUAAUGAAAUAAAACCUUAUAAUUAUGAAGAAUUUGUUAAGGUGAUUAUUACUUAAUUUGUUUGCUAGUUUAUUUGCAUAUUUACUGGAAAUUCUAAAUUAUCAUAAAUGUUACUUAUUUUUUAGAAUUUCAAAGUAAACAUUAUUAGUUGUUCUGAAACUGACAUGGAAUUUGAUCUCAUUGGAAUAGAUGUAGCUCUUGCUAAUAGUUUAAGAAGAGUUAUUCUAUCCGAGGUAAUACAAUUAAUAAUUUUAAAAUAUAGCCUCACCACAGGGAUUUAUAUAUUUUAAGGAUAAAAAGUUUUGAAUCAAAAAACAUGCUAAAGGAAAAAAGUACUAUUGUAAAUUAAUACAUAUAACAAACAUUAUUAUCUAAUUUUUCAGUAGAACUAAUUUUAUGCUGUUAGUUUUAUUAAUGUGAUGUUAAAAAGAUAUCAAUUCAAUUGUUUUCAUUUGAUAUUUUAAUAUUUAAGCAAAGUAAAGAAUUGUGUAAAAUUUAAUAUUUUUCAUCCCCAUGUCUUCAUUAUAUAUUAAAUAAUCAAAGAAAAAAAAACACAAACACAUGUUAUAUUCUUAUCUCUUUAUUUUAUAAUAUAGCUAUUUUCACUUUAUACUAAUUUAACAGCACAACAUUUAAUUUACUUAUGAAAAAUUGACAUAAUUCAAUUUUUAAUAUAAGCUGUAUAUAUAAUACAUUCAUUAAUAAUCUAAAACAAAAUUAGAUUUUCAUGUUUUCUAAUUUUAGGUACCCAGUAUGGCAAUUGAAAAAGUACAUAUUUAUCAAAAUACUUCUUAUGUACUUGAUGAAAUACUUGCACACAGAUUAGGUUUAAUUCCAUUAAAAGCAGACCCUAGACAAUUCAAAAUGAAAGAAGAUGGUAAUUAUUUAUUUAAAUUAUCUUGUGACUAAUUUUUUAAUUUUUUUGGGUUUCUUUAGAAAACUCUGAACCUAAUGAACAUGAUAGUCUCGUUUAUGAGAUGAAAAUUAAAUGCACGAAAAAAGACUUGGAUGCAUUAGCUCACAAACAGUUUAUUAGUUUUCCAGGUGAAAAUAAUAUUUUUAAUGAUAUUACCUACGGUGUGCCCAACCUUGUUCGACAAAUUUUUCUCUCGGAUAUAUUAUUUUUAUAAUUAAUAAAUAAUUACCUUUUUUUUUUUUUUUAGUAUACUCCAAGCAUAUUAAAUGGUUGCCUGUGGGGAAUCAAAAGGAUAUGUUUACAGAAAAUGAUGUUGGAAUUAACGGUGAUGAUAUUCUCAUUGCCAAAUUAAGGCCUGGGCAAGAAAUUGAGCUUAAAAUGUUUGCAGUUAAAGGGAUACCUAAAGAUCAUGCUAAAUUUCAAAGUGUUUGUAAGUACUUCCCUAUUGCAUAAUUUUGGUUGAUGUCCAGUAUUCAAAAAUAUUUUAGUAAACCUUAAUGAUUUAAAAUGAUUUAAAUCAACCUAAUUUGGUUAAAAAAAAAAACAAAUUAAAUUUACUUAGUGGAAUUUACCCUCUCUAUUUUUUCAACAAAGAGUACAAAAAUCAAACACUAAAGCCUUAAAAAAAAAAAAAAAACACCUAUUAUACAACAUGUAGAUGACAACAUCUAUGUACCAAUAUUGGCGUUUUACAAUUCUCUAAAUAUUCAACUUAAUAUUAAAGGUAUAUAUUUUAUAUUUUUUAGUAUUUCUGUUUAUUCAAACAAUUUUAUUCACAUAGUACCUACCUACCAAUGAAAAACUAUAUAGAUAACUAGAAAAUGUAAAAUGUUUAUAAAUAGCUCUAAAUUAACUUCAGUUAUUCAAAAAUUAAGUUAUGUCUAGAAAAGGAAAAUAUAAGUUUUCUAUCAAAAUUUCAGUUCUGUCAUGGUCUCUUAAAGGAGUGACAUUUUAGUUGAAUCUGUAGACAAAAAUUUAGUAUAAUAUUUAAUUUUUUUUUCAAUAAUUAUAUCUCUAAAAUAAUAAUUUUGUUAAUAGAUUUUCUAUUAUUGGAAUUAUUAUUUUUUAUAAUAAUCUCAUUUUCAAAUAUGAGGUACAAAAAAUAAUAUAUAAUCAAUGAUAAGUGUCUAGAACAAAUGGCCGUCUUCAUGGAUGCCAACAAAAAAAAAAUAAUAAUAAUACAAUAAACAAUAAAUAUAUAUAUAUAUUAAUAAUUUUAUUAUAAUAAAUUAACUACAAACUCUGAAUAUUUGAAUAACUGUUAUAAAAUAAAAAUGAACUCGCGUUUGUAUUUACACUGCCAAAAUUGUUUAAGAACGUUGUAACUCAAUUUAUCAAAUAAAUAAAUGUAACCAUUUUUGGUUAAAAUUUAUUUAUGGAAAUUUGAUUAUAAUUGCCAUAUUAUUCUAGGUAAUUAAUAAAUAAUAAUUAUUUCAUAUGAUAUAUAAAACUAUGGAAUGUAUUGAUGUGUAUAUGUUCACUGAUGUUGGUUGACUAGGUAUAUUUUUUUAUUGUUAGAGUUUCCUGAUAUUGAAGUUUCAAUUUCAGUUAUCGAUUCCGGUAGCGUCUGAAUAAUAUCUAUCCGGUAAGAUUAUACAAUUAUACAAUAAUUAAAAAUAGUAAUGGUUAAUACCCAUAUAAUAAAAUUAACAUAAAACCAACAUUUUAUUGUGUUACAUUAUUGUCAUAGUAUUGAUAUAGAAUGCAGUUAUUUAGGUACUCACAGUUUGUAUUUAUUAUAUAAUAUGUAAUAAUAAUAUAUAAUAUUAUUACUAUCUUUUUGUUUUGGCAUCCAAAUUUCCCUUGCAUUCAGUCGCAUUAGUCACAACCAUUUGUCCCAAACCCCAAUGAUUAUACCUUCUUAUUUUGUUGUUUUUUUUUUUUUUAAAUUUAGGCACAUCAUGGUACAGAAUGAUGCCAAAUAUUAAAUUACUUGAUGAGAUAAAAGGAAAUGAUGCAUUGCUAUUACAAUCAUGCUUUCCAAAAGGUGUAAUUGGAUUAAAAAGUGUUAAAGGUAUAAUAUUAAUUAAUAUUUAAUUUUACAUCCAAAAACAAAAUAUCAUUUUUAUUAUAUUUUUUUUUAUAUACAUUUUAGGUGUCCUUGUAGCAUUUGUAGAAAAUUGUAGAAAAGAUAAUAGCUCUAGAAAUGUAUUUAGAUACAAACAAUUUGAUGACAAAAUUUUACUUUCCAAAAUUCAAGAUCAUUUUAUUUGUAAGUCUUAAGUGUUAAUUUAUACAUUUUCCUUUUAAUAAAAUGUUUUAAAUAUUGGUUGUGAUCACAAGUUUAAAAAGAGCCUUUUUUUAUUGGUGUUGUUAUUUAAAAUUCACAAUACCAUUUGUGAUAGAUUUCCUAAAUACUAAAUUUAGCAAAUUUUCACUCACCAUUAUAGUUUUAAAAAUUGUGUUCUGUUAUAUUUUUUAUUUUUAUAUUUGUAUAAUACAUACAAUUUAAGUUAUUUUUUUUUCUUAUGAAAGAUAUAUUCUUGUUGAUUUCAUGUCUUAUGCAUAUGCAUACAUAAGAAAGAGUUAUUAAUUGACUACUUUGCAAGGUUUUGUGUUAAUUUUUUUCCUUAAACUUUUGACUAUUUAAAUUAGUAGAUUUAAUUAAGUAUAUUAUAGGUGUUCAUGCCAAUUAAUUAGCUUUUGUUUUUAUUUAUUUUCAGUCACAAUUGAAUCAAUUGGAGCAAUGAAGCCUAAUAUAAUUUUCUUGGAAGCAAUAAAUAUAAUAAUUAGGAAAGUUAAUGGUGCCUUAGAAUCUGCACUAAAUCAGACUGAAAUUUAG